AACGGAGGGAGUCGGUGAUAGGUAUUUAUUUAUCCCAAUUUUCAAAGUGCCUCUUCAAUUACGUCUCUUAGCUUGCCUCUGUCAAUUGGGAUUUCAUCUUCAUUUUUCACCAUCGGCAUUUGAUCAUAGCAUCAAGCAGUCACAAUAAUCUCAAUGCAAAAAUCGUGUUAUUGGGGGGACAUGGGAGCUGGUAAAUCAAGUUUGGUUCUACGCUUUGUCAAGGGCCAAUUUCUUGAAUUCCAAGAAUCGAAGAUCGGAGCGGCUUUCUUUUCGUCAACAGUUUCAGUUAACAAUUCAACAGUGAAGUUUGAGAUCUGGGAUACUGCUGGUCAAGAGAGGUACCACAGCUUAGCGCCUAUGUACUACAGAGGUGCUGCAGCUGCCAUCAUCGUCUAUGACAUCACUAGCCCUGAUUCAUUUGCACGGGCAAAGAAAUGGGUGCAAGAAUUGCAGAAGCAAGGUAAUCCCAAUAUGGUCAUGGCGCUUGCUGGCAACAAGGCUGAUCUAGAAGAUAAGAGGAAGGUGACUGCAGAAGAAGCACGCUUGUACGCACAGGAAAACGGCCUAUUUUUCACGGAGACCUCUGCCAAAACUGCUGUUAAUGUCAACGUUAUAUUUUACGAAAUCGAUUUCGAAAGCUUGCUCAGGACCUUAUUGAAGGCAAUGCAUGGCAUGUCGAUCACAUUAUACCUGUAUAUAAAGGGGAGAUAAAAGAAGACUAAAACUCUUCUUUUUUUUUUGCAAAUUUUUUGUUCAAGGGUCAUCCGCUUGUAGUUUUUGAUAAGAUUUACUCAGAUAAUUUUGGUUCUGUCUACUCUCUUUUCUCGUUUCUAUAUUUUGUGCUAGCAAUUCUUCUUUCUCUUUUUCCCCAUCCUCUAGUUUUCUUUUUCUACUGUAGUCCUUUAUUUUUCCGAACUUAUGCAUUAUGUAUCUACUUUUUCUCUUGAAAAUCCACACCCCCAUUCUUGCAGGUGCAUGUAGGCUAGAGAACAUGAGGACGUUAUGUGUUGCUUGUCAUGCUGAUGUCACUGCUGCACAACAUUCAGAGCGGCGUUUGACUAGACUUGUGGCAAAGAAGAAACUCAAAGCUGUCAUGAGCAAUCUCAAAACUAUCAAUAAACCCAAGCAGAAUGUGGAUGAACCAGAGGUGUGCUUUUCUAGAUUUUCGUUGGUUGCUUGGCGUGUAGCUUUAUUGACUUUGCUCCAUUCGUCAAUAGAUGUGACAGUAAUGCGGUUCUGGGUUGUUGGCAUUGUGUGUUGUUACCAUGAACCCUGGAAAUAAAUAGCAAAAGAGGAAAGAACUUAAUCUCAUGGUAACAGUACACAAUGCCAACAACCCAGAACCGUAUUACUGUCACAUCUAUUGACGAAUGGAGCAAAGUCAAUAAAGUUACACGCCAAGUAACCAACGAAAAUCUAAAAAAGCACACCUCUGGUUCAUCCACAUUCUGCAUGGGUUCAUUGAUAGUUUUGAGGUUGCUCAUAACAGCUUUGAGUUUCUUCUUUGCUACAAGUCUAGUCAAACGCCGCUCUGAAUGUUGUGUAGCAGCGACAUCAGCAUGACAAGCAACACAUAACGUCCUCAUGUUCUCUAGCCUACAUUCACCUGCAAGAAUUUCAAAAGACAAGAAGAUGGGGGUGUGGAUUUUCAAGAGAAAAAGUAGAUACAUAAUGCAUAAGUUCGGAAAAAUGAAGGACUAUAGUAGAAAAAGAAAACUAGAGGGUGAGGAGAAAGAGAAAGGAGAAUUGCUAGCACAAAAUAUAGAAACGAGAAAAGAGAGUAGACAAAAUCAGAAAUUAUCUGAGUAAAUCUUAUCAAAAACUACAUGAGGAUGACCCUUGAACAAAAAAUUUGCAAAAAGAAAGAAGAGUUUCAGUCUUCUUUUACCUCCCCCUUUAUAUACAGGUAUAAUGUGAUCGCCAUGCAAUGCAUUGCCCUCAAUAGGGUCCUGAACAAGCUUUUGAAAUCUGCCAAAAGCAAACAAUUAAUUGAUAUUCCAUCAAAUACUUGAAUGUUACCAAGCCUGUCUACUCAUUCUUUAAACAAAAGAGUUCGCUUGAGGUGCUUCCAAGUUGGAGAUCAAGUUCUUGCAGUAAGAAGGCCCAUUAUUACUUCUUGUAAGUCUGGGGGAAAAUUUACCCCAAAGUGGGAUGGAUUAUAUGUUGUACAAGAAGUAUAUUAAUGAUGCUUGCAAGCUUGUUGAUGCAGAUGACAUGAAAAUUUGCCCUAUCAACGCUAAGUUCUUGAAGGAAGAUGACAUUCCUGGCCCGCAAGAGUAUAAACUAUGUACGGCUCCAAAAAUAUAAAUAAUAAUA